AACAAAAAAACCACCUUUCCUUCUGAGAAAGCAUCCUUUCCAUUUCUUCCCUUCCACACAAAUCACAAUCAUCGCGCUCUCUCUCUCUCUCUCUGUCUCACGCUCACUCUCGCUCUCUCCCUUUCCGAUUUCACUGUACGAGUGUUCCAUCAAACCCUAUUGAGAUGGGGAUUUAUCUAAGCUCCCCCAAAACCGAGAAGGCCUCUGACGAUGGUGAGAAUGACAGGCUUCGCUAUGGUUUGUCUUCCAUGCAGGGCUGGCGUGCUUCCAUGGAAGAUGCUCAUGCAGCUUUACCAUGUUUGGAUGAAUCUACAUCUUACUUUGCUGUUUAUGAUGGCCAUGGAGGCAAAGCAGUUUCUAAAUUCUGUGCUAAGUAUCUACACCAGCAGAUGCUUAAGCAUGAAGCUUACAUAGCUGGAGAUAUAGGCACAUCUUUACAGAAAACUUUCCUCAGAAUGGAUGAGAUGAUGCGCGGACAAAGAGGGUGGAGAGAGUUGGCAGUCUUGGGAGAUAAAAUGGAAAAGUUAUCUGGUAUGCUUGAGGGGUUGAUAUGGUCUCCUAGAAGUAGUGAAGCCAAUGACCGUGUCGAUGAUUGGGCUUUUGAGGAGGGGCCCCAUUCUGAUUUCACUGGACCAAACUCUGGAAGCACAGCUUGUGUGGCUGUCAUCCGAGGAAACAAACUUGUUGUCGCAAAUGCUGGUGAUUCUAGAUGUGUAAUAUCAAGGAAGGGCCAGGCACACAAUUUGUCUAAAGAUCACAAGCCUGACCUUGAGGUUGAGAAAGACAGGAUUCUGAAAGCUGGUGGUUUCAUCCAAGUUGGACGGGUCAACGGAAGUUUGAACUUGGCUAGAGCAAUCGGAGAUAUGGAAUUCAAGCAAAACAAGUAUUUACCUGCUGAAAAGCAGAUUGUGACAGCUGAUCCAGACAUAACUUCAGUUGAGCUUUGCGAUGAUGAUGAAUUUCUUGUAAUUGCUUGUGAUGGGAUAUGGGAUUGCAUGUCUAGCCAACAGCUUGUGGACUUUAUACAGGGACAGUUAAAAACAGAGAAUAAGCUUUCUGUGGUUUGUGAGAAAGUAUUUGAUAGGUGCUUGGCACCAACAGCUGGUGGUGAGGGAUGUGAUAACAUGACCAUGAUCCUGAUCCAGUUCAAAAGUUCUUGGAAUCCAGACACUUCUGCUGCAAACCAGACUGAGUCGUCUGCUCAACCGUCUGAGGCUGAUAGUAGUUCAGACAAUCAGAGUGAAUUUCAGACCUCAGUAGAUGGCCAUUGAUUUUACUGCAUGUUGAAGCAUUGGUGAGUUCAGGUUCAUGGGUACUAUUUUACAAUCAAAUUUCAGGAUGUUAAUUCUCAUUAGAGAAUUGUAAAUUUGUGACAAAUUGCUAGUUCAUGGGCUAUUAGCUUUGUACAUAAGUGUUUGUUUCUGGAAAGUGAAGGGAAAAAGAAGGGUCCAGCAAGUACACUGGUACACAGUUACAUUGAUGUCUAAAUCACCUUUUGGGAACUUACCAAUGCCAGAAUGACCGUUAACUGAAAGAAUACGUUAUAGAAACUGUCUGGAUUCUGGAGUCAUAUUCAUUAUCCAGGUCUGUUGAAGUUUCUUAAGAAUUUCAGUGCCACGUACAUAAGUUUAUGGGUGAUCUUUUUGUUUACGCACUCAAAAGAUCCCCUAGUUUGUUGGUGCAUACUUGAUCUUUUUGAAGUUGUUGACUUGUUAAUUUCUUUGAGAUGAUACUUCCUUGUUGUUUAUUGUUUGGUUCUAUUGAUGUUAAUUUAUUUGCAAAUUUAAA